GUUUCACCCGGAAGAGGAGAUUGGGUUUGGCUGUAGUUUCUACUUUGCUUGUGGUAUGUGGCAGACAUAAACCCGCUGGGGUUGGAUCGGGCGUAAGGCGAAUGGAUAGAGGGAAAUUAAACAGGAGGCGUAACAGAGCUGCUUGACCGCAAGACUGGAAACUGUAAGCAUGACGAUGGCUCAUGUUGGGGCAAUAGUUGCGACUGUCACCGGGGUGAUGGCUAUGCUCCUGCACUCCUCCAUACACAAGAUCGAGGAGGGACACCUGGCUGUUUACUACAGAGGUGGGGCAUUGCUGAUGUCUCCAAAUGGCCCUGGGUACCACAUCAUGCUGCCGUUCAUCACCUCUUACCGAUCUGUCCAGACGACCCUGCAGACAGAUGAGAUAAAGAACGUGCCUUGUGGUACAAGCGGGGGUGUCAUGAUCUACUUUGAUCGAAUUGAAGUGGUCAACAUGUUGGUUCCUUCAGCAGUGAUUGACAUUGUGAAAAACUACACCGCUGAUUAUGACAAGACGCUGAUUUUUAAUAAGAUCCACCACGAGCUGAAUCAGUUCUGCAGCGUUCACACUCUCCAGGAGGUGUAUAUCGAAUUAUUUGACAUUAUUGAUGAGAACCUCAAGACUGCUCUUCAGAAGGACUUGAAUGUUAUGGCGCCUGGUCUCACUAUUCAAGCUGUACGGGUUACAAAGCCAAAAAUUCCGGAAGCAAUCAGGAGGAAUUUUGAAUUAAUGGAGGCAGAGAAGACCCGGCUGCUGAUCACCGUUCAGACCCAGAAGGUGGUGGAGAAGGAGGCGGAGACGGAGAGGAAGAAGGCCAUCAUUGAGGCCCAGAAGAUUGCUCAAGUGGCUGAAAUCCAUUUCAAGCAGAAAGUGAUGGAGAAAGAAACUGAGAAGAAGAUUUCUGAAAUUGAAGACUCGGCGUUUCUGGCCCGGGAGAAGGCCCGUGCAGACGCAGAGUACUACACCGCAGUGAAGCUAGCCGAAGCUAACAUGCUGAAGUUGACGCCAGAGUACCUCGAGCUCAUGAAGUACCAGGCGAUCGCGGCCAACAGCAAGAUCUACUUCGGCCAGGAAAUCCCCGCCAUGUUCGUGGACAACAGCGCCGCCGCUGGCGGGAGGACUAAGGGUACGCGGGACCCCCGGGAGCUGCUGGAGGCCCUGGGCGGGGGCGAGAGGCACGGGAGGGCUGGUCGCUCGGCCGAUUCCAAAACUGCGUUUGUGCACUGAGGAGAGCGGGUGUGUGAGAGAGAGAGAACCACGCCCUGCUGGAUUAUUCAUGAGCAUGCUUUGUCACUUAGCUUUUCUCCUCUGAAGGUGGGGGUAAGGGGGCGGAGUCUUGACGGGUAACCAACAGGCUAAGGAAUGUGGCUGUCCUGCUUUUGGAUUAGGUCAUAGGGCUCUGCUCUGCCAGGUGGGACGGGUGAGAGCUGUGAUGCAAGUGUGGGCAGGUGCUGCCUGAUUUACUGCUGCAGAUUAACUUUGAUGGCUCAACGUUGUUGGUACAUGGGUGUCAAUCGAAUAUGAUUGCUGGAAAAAGAGUAACCACUUAAAAAAAGAAAUAAAAAAGGAAAUAACUGUUCGGUGGGUUUAUGCAACUCCUGGCUUUGCAAAUUUCUGUGUUUGUUUUUUGAUCUGUGCAUUCAGUUUCCGGUUAAUCCGCAUUUAAAUUCGGAGGGUUAUUAAUAUGAAACAGUUUUUUUGUGCAACUGGAAUUAUCUGGCGAAGGUAUAAGAACAUUUGCAAUUUGAGCAUCUGUAAAGGGACAGAUUAUCCUUGGUAAGGAAAAUAACUUUGUUCUGAAUAAAUGUUUGGAAUGUGAACCUCGCAGCACUUGGAAGUCUUAUCGUAGGAGUAAAUAAAGUAUGUCGGUUGAUGUCAAUCGCCUAAUCUCUCUCUCAAGCAGCAGCUUUUUUAGCCAAAGGAAAUUGAUCUGUUGAAUGACACUUAACCAGUCUGAUUUGCAUUAAGGUCUUACUUACCAAGCUUAGCGAACCUGGAGAAAAAUGUGUAAUAUCAUAGGCCAAUAUUACAUGUUUAGAUAUGUAUACGUCUCUGUGAGUUCCACAUGCUGAAACUUUGGUAGUACUGUAGGUUAAUUGUGGUUGGUGACACAGUUAAUGGGGGGUGGGGGGUGGACUGAACAGUUUGAACACUACAGAUGUUUCUUAUCUGAAAGGGCACCAAGGGCUUGAACCAAAAAAAAGACAUGCUUCAGUGUCGCCAUCUUUAUUAAUGAUUAUUUAAAGAAUAAUUAGAUAAUCAGAUUGUCAAAGCAUCAUAUGUAACUACGCAUCAAAAUAAAUGUGAUUAUUUUUAAGUAAAUAUUUGAAAAUGAACUCGGUAAAAUUUUGAGUUGAUGUGAAGCGGGUGAUGUGGAGACUGGAGGUUUGUGAAUGGAAACAUGUUAAAUCUGUCUUUUUUGUAAUGGAAACUGAAUUAUGUUUACGUUAUUGCUGGGUAGACCAAGCUUGAAUUGCACUACCCCUGUGGAAUUGUCCAAGAAGUGAUAAAAUGCUCGGCAGAAAUGAACAGUCUUGCUUUGUUUAACCUUAUAAAUAUCUCAAGGUUUUUAUUUUGUAUUAAAUUACCAUGAACAAGGUUUGUGCUGUGCUGUAAAUUCAGUUUGAAUUAAACAGAAUCGGUACCAAAUAUUUGAGGGCGAUUCGAUUCAUAAAAUAAAAUCUCUGUUAACUACGGCAGUAUUUGAGAAGGGUACUAGAGCCUUUGAAAAAAACAGUAUAAAAACAAUAUAAAAGUAUGCAAAGCAGCUUUUUAAUAUGGUAUAAACCAUUUCCUUGCCCAGAGAUCAACGCAGUGAAAGAUGAAGAUGGUAGAUGUAAUUGUAAUUGCUUCAAUAAUAUUUUUUGGUGUUUUUGGGUCUUGGUUUUUAAGUUUAGGAUGUGGAACUGGAUCAGACUGUAGAGGGCGCCGUUCUGCUUCCUGUGCACACAUUAUGGUGCACUGUCUAAAAUAAGAGUAAGUCUGAUCCAUCUGUUUUGCCGUUUGCCUGUGUUGUUCAGAAACAUGCGAGGUGGAAAGCAGACACGAGCCUAUAUGAAGCCAAGAACGCACCCAGCAUUGAUGUCCUGUUGCAUACAUUUAACUUGGCAUAUCUCAGGACUGGUAUUCGGUACUUUUCUUUAAAACUGAUUGAGCGAUGGUUUCAGGUCUGAGAUUUCUACAGUCAUCAUGGAUUAUUAUUUUUUAUUUUUUUGCUGUCGUGAUGUGUUCAUUGUAAUUUGUCAAAGUAUUAUAUUCAUUUACAGAUGACGCAAUAGUCACAACACUAAAACUUUCAACUAAUUCCCUAAUGAACUGCACCAAAACAGUGGACAUGUUGAAGAAACGCAUGCUUAAUCCCAAUAAUGUGAUUGGUGUCGUUAUAAAACAUUCUUGCUUGCUUGGUGAAGGAGAUUGGUUGAGGUAUUGUAAAGGUAGUUGUGGUGGUGGUGGGUAGUAAUCCUGAUUCGCAAUGUGAUGCAGAAGGUUGAACUGAAAUUUCAUGCGUUUACUAUGUGAAUGUUAAUUUUUGUACAAAUCUGCGUAAUCUGAACAGUCUCAAUUUUGAAAUGUUUUUAUGCAACCUUUUCAAGCAGUUUUGCCAAUGGCCUCAAAAAAAGAAUAAAACCUAUUUUGAUACCACAA